CUUUUGUUCGCCAAUUGAACAUGUAUUCGUGAGUUGCAGUCAUCAACAAUCUUGUCAGAUGCUGACAGUGAUCCAGAUUUAACAAGGUAAAACUCGCUCGUAUGACAUCCGACCCUGCUGACAUCCCUCACCAGGUGAACGACCUUUUCGCCACCACGUCGGAUCCCGGCGCUUGGGAAUUUCGUCAUCCCCUUUUUCGACGAGGCGAACCUCACCUGCUUGCGUCUAUCAAACGAAAAACAACGAGACCCACUACGGCAGAUGGUCCCAAUUCACCGCCUGAUGAUUCAGACACUGGAUCUCGAGCCGUUGCUGGCUGGAUGCUAGAUUCGCCAGCUGUCUCUGCGCCAAGACCUGGUUCUAGCCACGCAAGUAGCAAUGCGCGAGCGUUGGCCUCGACCAUCAUGUCGACAACCGUUGGAUCCAAAGCCGGUACUUCACCUAAAGCUGAUCCUGAGGCGCCUGCAGAGACGAUAUACGGGCACGAUGUCCGAAAGGGUGAAUCUGUGACGUCUAGCUCAGCAAGGGAUCGAGCCGGAACUCGCGCUUGGGCAUGGGAUGGUCAACCGAUUCAACCGAUCCAGAAUAUCCAAUCUGUACCACUUGCAUCCCAUCAUUCGCAGUCCUCCGACACUACAACGUCCAAUCGACCUCCUGCAACUGCACCGUCGAGCAUCAGUCGUUUUUAUCCAGGUUCAAACGCUCCGUCCUCGAGUCGAUACCUGGAUUCACCUUAUUAUCCUCAACCAUCAAGCAAUAUGAGUGCCGUGGACGUGCUUGCGGAUCAAGUGGCGAAUUUGGAAGAGCGGCUCGGCAGAGCGAUUUCGUUGUUGAAUGAUGAACGAGUGGACAAUGUCAGGGAAAGUUUGAACGCAACAUCAUAUAUGCUUCGGUUGACGGAUUGGAUUGGAUCAGAGAGAAACCCUCACCCUUCCGAGCUGCAUGCGCUUCGCGAAACGUUACAGCGAUCUAGUACAGAACUGCGACAGCGAUACGAGGUAUUGGUGACCUCUGAUCCGUUAUUAUCUGGACAUAGUGCCGGAACCGCAAGGCUGGGACACGGCUAUGAUGACCGGCCCUACCUUUCGCACCGUCGAUCGGACCUUCUGGAACCUAGACCAUCCGGCCUCGGUGCGCAUACCUACACCCCACGAGCAUCACCUAUGAAUCCCGAAUUCCCGCGCGAUCGUUCCAGUCGGAUUCCAGGUCGGUACGCCGAGUCGGAUCGAGCAGUCGACAUUUCUGCCGAACAUUCGACACGACUUCGACCCAUGUCUUCGUCUGCCGUGCCUACGGCAUACACUGCGGAUGUCCCUCCCCCAUCGUCUCAUCCUAUCCAUAUUCCACGUCAAAGUCAAUAUCAAGGUCAUAUUCGACAGCCCAGUCUCGGCAGAUCUCAAACGCUGCCUCCAGGUCCUCCAUCUAUAUCCUCCAGUCACAGUUACACGCAUAGUCAGAGUCAAAGUCAUGGUAUUCCAAGUGGAAGUUCCACGUCUCCUCUUGCAUUGAUCCCGAAGACAAUUGGUAUCACUUCGCCAGUCAUCUCCAUCGGCUCAGGGACCAGGUCGCGACCCGAGACGAGCUCAGGUGUGGCCGGUGUGAGUUUGGGACGGUCGCAAGGGCCAAUGAUUGGAGGCAACAAGGACGACCAGAUGGAUGUGGGCGACCAGGCGACGGAAUCGGUGGGUAGGGGCACCCGGACACAACCAGGUUUAAAGAAUAUUCUCAAUUUUGAUUAAUUGGGUAUUAGAGCGCUAUUCAACCUAGCGACAUUUAACUCUUCUCGUCAUCACCUCAAAGCAUCUGUAUCAAUGAGCAAAACAAAAGGGAAUCCAGAGGGAAGACAGUCAUCUCGGAAGCAUGUCUAUCUUACACGGAGGACCAUUCUUGUCAUGUCUAAUGCAAAUUCUUGAUGUUCAGCUGCGUGCGU